AUAUCCUGCAGCAUACAUGCGCUUUGCUUUCACCACAAGUCCAUACACUUAUACAUAGACUAGUUUGUACUGAAGUACAUACAGAUGAGCUGAAGAUUUAAGACCUUUGCGUUCAUACAGAUGCAAUGAGAAGCUCGUAGUAGUAUAAGAGGAAGCAGCGUUACGCACGGGCACAUUUUCACUUCUUAUUUACUUCGUGCGCUUUUACGCACCAGAUGCAACACUAACUUCAGCUGUACUGUAUGUGCCAAAGAUCCGCAGCUGGGAUGAAGUAAAUAAAGAAGAUCUCCUUUAUCUCGCUAUUAUAAACAUAUCGAUCCUUCAUCAUAAUCAAAUGCUGUAGAUAUGAAGCAGAUUGUUAAAUCCAACAGGACACCGACAGAGUCUCACCUCAUGACCGGAGGAAGAGCACAAUCAGCCGGUCGACAGACAUCUUUAUUGGACGAUCUACCUGAGAAGUACCUGAGUGGUCAGUGGCCACGUGAGCCACAUCAACCCCGGCCCUCUUCCACGAACGAUAAAGCUACGCAGACACCUGGCUUUUGGAGUUACGACGGAGGAGAGGUGAACAUGCACAAGCGCUCGGCAUCGUGGGGCAACGCUGACCAUCUCAUAGAGAUCGCUAAACUCCGGCAGCAGCUACAGCUCAGUUUGAAGGGAAGUCGCACUAUGAAGGAUAAGGAAGAUGUAACAUCAACACAACUCAAUCAAACACAGCCAAAGCCUGUCUCAGCAUCUUCAUCUAAUCCUAUCCUUUCACGGCCUCUCAUACGCAGAAUGCCCAGCUAUAGUGACUGCAUUAACCAGGAGUUAGAAAGUGUGUUUAUCUGUCAAAACUCGGGGAGGACAAACGAAAAGGCUUUAGAGGUGCGAGAUGGAGGCCGUGCACCUGUUCCACCUCCUCAUCACAGUGAUCUUCAGACUCAAAGUAUGGAGGCACAGAUCUCCUCUCCUACUCUAGAUAUUGAAAAAGAUAACAGAACCAGUUCACCUGUUCCCCGGCUCACCUGCUCUCCCAAACCUAACCACAGUUUCACCUUUAAGCGUGAACCUCCUGAGGGGUGUGAGAAAGUCAAAGUGUUCGAAGAUAUUGCGACACAUGGCUUUCCCAUCUUCUCCUGUCCGGACAGAAACAAGGUGAACUUCUCUCCAAGCGGCUCAGCCUUCUGUCCCGUCAAGCUGCUGUGUUCAUCGUUUUUCCCAGGAGAACGUGCUGCUCGUCCCAGUUCUCUGGAUAAUCUCGCAGGACAAAUGUCCGGAUCGGAGGCCACGGCACUAAACGGCUUCCAUCCCGUACCGUCCGAACGCUGUAGUAUUACAAAGUGCCUGCUGCUCAGUUAGCCAAUCGGAGCUAAGAAACGAAUCUACCAUAAGCUGUUGGAAACAACCCAGAAAAGACUUUCUAGUUUGUAAGGGUUGCACAAAAGGAUCCAGAUUUUCUUACCUGUGUGCUUUCUAGUCAUUUUGCUGGAAUGCACAAACCUAUACUUAACCAUACAGUACCAUCUUACUAACCCGUUUAUAGGAAGUAGACAUAUAUGGGCGGUUUCUCAGACAGGGCUUAUCCUAGUCCCAGACUAAAAUGCAUGUUUAAAUUUAAAAACACCUUGUACUUAUCUUAACAUAUUUCGGUGUCAUUGUUUUGUCUUAAGAUGCACACUAGUAAUGUUAAGGUAUGUUUGUAAAAACUAUUUGAAUGUCCUAAUAUAACCAAGGCAUAGUCCUGGAUUAAUCUUAAACCUGUCUGGAAAACCGCACCAUGAUGUAAAAGGAAUAGCUGACAAGCUACGGUUAUCAAAUAUAUUGCAUUAAACAUAACUCGCGUUUAACUUCCAGUAGGGCUGUGAGAAAUUUUAUACAAAUAAUUAAUAUUUGUCAGCCGUUUGAAGAUAUUAAAUGCAUUUGAUAUGCUUUCGUAUUUGCUUUGAAUUGGCUCAAAAGGGUUUUGUUAGUUGUUGACUGUCAUUUGAACCAAACAACCAUUAUUGACAAGUCAAGAAAAAAGUCAACUACAGUAAGUGUCAUCAAAGAUAUAUUUUUGGACGUUCGAUAUAUGAUUCAUCCCUAAUGUCAAACCAUUAUAAAGUGCGUUUUCUUUUCUUUUUCAUGUUUCAAUACAACUCCUGGAUCCUUACGUUAAAGUGUACUUAUUAAAGAAUAAUAUUUGCAUAUAUUUA